ACGGUCGGUCGUCAAAUUUAUCUUCUUUGUGUGGAAAGUGUAAAAAGUCAAGAUAAUUAUUGAUGGUGAAAAUUUUCUUCUUGUUAGUUGUUGGUAAUAAUGAUUCCAUCAGCAGAAUAUAUUGAAAAGACACGGAAUCAUAUUCAUCAGCAAAAACUUUAAAGUGUUUAUAGGAAUGAUUGAUCUACAUUGCACCAUAUAUUUUAUAUAUAUAGAUUAGAUUUUUUAUAAAAUAAUUUGUCUAGUUAAUGCUGGUGAUACAUUCAUUAUUAUGCAAUGUUAAAACUGGCAAUAUUUAUAAAUAAAUCGUUUUGUUUUUGACAAACAUGGCUUAAAACCAUUUAUUUAAAAUGUAAUUAUGUUUUUUGUGGCAGUGCUAAACGCAUUUUUUAAGAUAGAAUUAUGAUCAUACAUCACAUUUUAUCUUUUACAUCCAGUAGUUAUUUGAAAGUGAAAGUAGAUCGAUACUUAGCCAUUUUUAUGUAACACUUUGAAAUUUCCCUCGCAUGGGUGUAUAUUUUCUUCCUUUUGUGACAUGAGCCAAGCCCAAAUACAUAUAGACGUAAAUACAUAUACAUCAAGAAUGUAGUGAAGAGAACUCUUUCGUUCAUUCAUAAAUUAUAUCAUAAAUUAUAAGCCCUGCUCUGACGACACAAUCAGUCCUUUGUUGUACAAAUUGAAUAGCGAAACCAUACGUGAUAAAUAUAAUCGUGUGUCAUUUCACUUGACUAAUAAUAAUGGUUUGAAGAUUACGAAACAAGGUUCAAACGUUGAAAUUUUCGCCAUAUGAAUGAAGUGGAAUCGAGAGAAAACAUUAGGGCAAAUCAAUUAGAAAAAGCGACUAUGUACACUGGUAUGGAAUAAGUGAAAUUUGAUUUUUCUGUGCAAAAUAUAUAACACAUUACUAUUAAUACUUUAGUAAAAUGUUGCAUACAUAUGUAUAGAAGCAUUGGAGUGUAAAACGUGUAGAGUUGAAAUUAAUUACGAAAAAUGAAAAAUAUGCCGCCAACUGCUGGGGAAACACUACGAGCGUGGCUUCUCUCAGCACUCGUAGUACACGGAGCGGUUGCCGGAAACCCCGAUGCCAAGCGACUAUAUGACGACUUGCUAAGCAAUUACAACAAACUAGUGCGACCUGUCGUGAACACAUCGGAUGUGCUACGAGUGUGCAUCAAACUAAAACUGUCACAGUUGAUAGAUGUGAACCUCAAAAAUCAAAUCAUGACCACUAAUCUGUGGGUUGAACAGUCUUGGUAUGACUAUAAAUUACGUUGGGAGCCCAAGGAAUAUGGAGGCGUUCAAAUGUUGCAUGUGCCAUCAGACCAUAUAUGGCGUCCUGACAUUGUGUUAUACAACAAUGCUGAUGGUCAUUAUGAAGUAACGCUAAUGACUAAAGCAACAGUAUAUAAUACAGGUCUGGUUAUUUGGCAACCACCGGCAGUGUACAAAUCGUCGUGCUCAAUUGAUGUUGAAUAUUUUCCAUAUGAUGUACAAACAUGUGUCUUAAAACUAGGAAGCUGGACCUAUGACGGUUUUAAGGUUGACUUACGCCACAUGGAUGAACAGUCCGGUAGUAACAUUGUAGACGUUGGAGUAGACUUAUCUGAGUUCUACAUGUCAGUCGAAUGGGAUAUACUCGAAGUUCCAGCAGUACGGAAUGAAAAAUUCUAUACUUGCUGCGAUGAACCCUAUCUCGAUAUAACGUUUAAUAUCACAAUGAGGAGGAAAACGCUAUUUUAUACAGUAAAUAUUAUCAUACCAUGCAUGGGUAUAUCCUUUUUAACCGUGCUGACAUUCUAUCUACCAUCAGAUAGCGGAGAAAAGGUCACGCUAUCUAUUUCGAUUUUAAUUAGUCUUCAUGUGUUCUUCCUCUUGGUUGUUGAAAUCAUCCCACCUACAUCAUUGGUUGUGCCUUUGUUGGGAAAAUAUUUGAUAUUCGCCAUGAUACUGGUUUCGAUAAGUAUAUGCGUUACGGUCGUAGUAUUAAAUGUUCAUUUUCGAUCCCCUCAAACACAUCGAAUGGCACCGUGGGUGAAAACGUUUUUUAUUGAUUUUUUACCACGGUUUUUAUUCAUGAAAAGGCCUGCAUACAUUGAAAAUCAUAGAAAAUUGUUAUCAAAAGAUCCAAAAACUUGCUUUUAUCCUUAUUAUUCGACCACCACAUUAAACCGCGUUAAAGCACGUUUUCAUGCUAGGACAUCAUCAAAAGAUGAUCUAUCUCCACUAAGUCUAUCAGGCACUGGCCCGUUUGGAGGAAGCUGCCAGAUCCAUGGCCCACUCCCAGUUCCUCAUUCAGAGUCAGAAGAGUUGUCUUUAUCAACUGCAGCAGACACAGCCGUUCCAUCAGGAAUCAAGAGUCCUGUUUUUAAGCAACCAUCAUUCUCACACUCCAAUUGCCCCAUAGAAGUCCAUAGAAGUUGUUUCUGUGUACGAUUUAUUGCAGAACACACGAAAAUGCUGGAGGAUUCCACGAAGGUAAAAGAAGACUGGAAGUAUGUCGCGAUGGUUUUGGAUCGUUUGUUCUUGUGGAUUUUCACUUUGGCCGUAUUGGCGGGAACUGCCGGUAUCAUUCUGCAAGCUCCGACAUUAUAUGAUGAUCGAAUACCAAUUGAUAAAACAUUCGAUGAAUUAGCAACUUCAUCAGUCGUCCGUUGUCCACCACAAUAGCAAACAAGGAUUAACCUGGAAACAUUGUUGAUCCUAUUAGGGUGUGCUAUCGGAAUGAGUGCCUGCCUUCUGAUGUAUGAGAAAACGUUAAAUGUUCGAUCUUUUUGAUUCGGUUUUUGAGUACAAUUGUGGUUAAAUGAUGAAGAGCUAAUUUUCAUUUACUGAAAGUAGAUAAAACAUGAGCCAUAAACGGCAUGUGAAAGCAUGAAGUCGAACUUAUUCGCUCUCAAUAUAUUCAUAAUGAAUAUGAUGUAGAUUGCCGUUAUACUCAUAAAAAUAACACGUUUCAUAAUAACAACAUAGUACAUUGGACAGUUCUGCGUAUAACGGCAGAAAAGCAAGAGAAAAUCUAAAGAAACUAUCAUUCCUGUGCGUCGUGUGAAAGCUACAUUGAUAUUUCAUUUGAUUGUAUUAAAUUUUCCGGAAAUCCAUUAUCUGGAAACCCAUAACCUGGAAAACCAUUACCCGGAAACUCUUAUUUCAGAAACUCUAAUCCCGGAAAUUCUUAUCCCUGAUUAACCUUUUCC